AUGAUAUGCUACGGAGACCUUGGCAAGCAUUUCACCGAGAUGGACGAUGAUAGGAGCGGAAGAAGAACUCAUGAAGACGGAGCACGCAGCUCAGAUGGGCCAGUAACUAUGUACCGGCUCAAUUCCAAUCAAAGCAUCCCAAGCGUCUUUGAAGAUGUUGAAAUGGCGCAUGAUGAGCUUUUCUCCGGCCCCGUCGGCGAGAGUUUGCCGACCAGUGUAUCCGCGUUCUCGCAUCGCCGCGCGCGAACAGAUUCUACAGCUAGCUUUACUUACUAUGAGGAGCCCGAGCCAUCUCCACAGGCAGAAGACGAGCAAGACAUGUUUGCAGGGCUUCAUGAAGCUUUCGUGCGACGGAGUGUGAGUGAGAUUGGAGACCUGGAAUUUGGUGUCGAGGAUGACUCUGUCGACAAUGAAUAUUCAGUCACGCCUGGUGAUUACAUGCUUCGACGUUGCUCAUCGACAAUUUCAAAAAGCUCCGUACACGCACGUCUUCUCCGAAGGGACAGUAUGGCCACAGUCACCAGCGCUCCUCUGAAUGGCCGUUCCAGCCAGAAGAUUUAUAUGGCAAACGAAGAUCUCACCAUUGUCGUCGCAGGUUUUAGGACGAGUGCAAUUGGUUUUCUAUUGUACAUAAGCUUAUGUCUUUUGUCCGCAGGUCUAGCAUAUUUGCUUUUCCGCUGGCUGCCACGCUGGUAUAUCACCAUAGUAGGACGAUCUUGUCCGUUGAAAGAUUGCCAAUGGGCAGUCGUCGAGAACCAAUGGAGCGAGCUGGUCAUCAUACAGGUAAAAAUCCAGGAAUAUGGAAGACCCGUUUCUUCCGUGUUUGGAGUACCAGAAAAACCUUACCUAUAUGGUCUUGAUGAUGAGAACGAUCCCCUUGUAGAUCAUUUGCGCUCUUUGGAUUAUCGCUAUAUUCGACUGUAUUUCCAUCCCACCAAAGACAAGUUUGUCAUGUCUUCGGGAUGGAAAGACCCUGAAUGGACAGAUGCCCGAAUUGUCCGAGCCGGGCUGAGCAGUGAUGAGAAGUUUGCGCGCGAAGUUGUAUUUGGCUCUAACUUGAUAGAUAUCGAACAGAAGACGGUUGCCCAGUUAAUGGUGGAAGAGGUCCUUCACCCGUUCUACAUAUUUCAGAUUGCUAGUUUGGUGCUUUGGUCAUUGGAUUCAUACUACUAUUAUGCAGUAUGCAUAUUUACAAUGUCUGUUGCCAGUAUAACGGCAACCUUAAUUGAGACUCGAGCUACAAUGAAACGUCUUCGCGAAAUCUCCAGGUUUGAGUGUGAUGUUCGAGUUCUUCGUAAUGGAUUCUGGAAGUCUGUGUCAUCUACCGACUUGGUUCCUGGCGACAUCUAUGAACUGAGCGAUCCGAAUUUAUUGCAGUUCCCAAGUGAUAGCCUCCUGCUUACUGGAGACUGCAUCGUGAACGAGAGUAUGCUUACAGGCGAGUCAGUACCUGUUUCCAAACUUCCUGCCACAGAUGAUACCUUCCGCAUGAUGGAUCUUGCAGCGUCCUCCGUUGCCCCUGAGAUUGCACGUCACUUCCUAUAUUGUGGCACAAAGAUCAUACGGACAAGACGACCUCAAGAAGAUCAGGACGGUGACGCAGUAGCUCUCGCCCUCGUCGUCAGGACGGCGUUCAACACCACGAAGGGUGCUCUUGUACGGUCUAUGCUUUUCCCCAAGCCGUCGGGCUUCAAAUUUUAUCGCGAUUCCUUUCGAUACAUCAGCAUCAUGGCCCUCAUCGCCGCGUUGGGCUUUAUUGCAUCCUUUGUGAAUUUCCUGCGUAUGGAACUUGCGUGGCAUUUGAUUAUCACCCGGGCUCUCGAUCUGAUAACGAUUGUUGUUCCCCCAGCUCUUCCAGCAACGCUCACUAUCGGGACAAGCUUCGCACUUUCGCGAUUGAAAAAGAAGCAGAUCUUUUGCAUCAGUCCACAGAGAGUCAAUGUUGGAGGCAAGCUUGACAUCAUGUGCUUCGAUAAAACAGGUACCCUGACAGAAGAUGGACUUGACGUGCUUGGGUUACGUAUUGUCUCAGAAACCGACAAUACCUUCACUGAUCUGCUGUCGAGAGCGCCCCUAUCAGGAAGCAAACGUGUUGAGACUGGAAACAAAGGUGCCAUGAAAGCCGCCCUCUACACCAUGGCAACAUGUCACUCUUUGAGAGCCGUCGAUGGAGAGCUGGUUGGGGACCCACUCGAUAAGAAAAUGUUCGAGUUUACCGGCUGGUCCUUCGAGGAAGGAAGUCAAGGGGCAGGAGAAGGUGAAAGCAAUGAUCAAAGAGGCCUGACGCCAUCCGUUGCUCGGCCACCAAACAACGUUGUUGAGUUAGGCAUUUUGAAGUCAUUCGAGUUUUUAUCACAACUUCGACGAGCGAGCGUCAUUACAAGACAGUUUGGUCAAAAAAAUGGUGAUAUUUUCGUCAAGGGCGCACCCGAAGCGAUGAAGGAGAUCUGUCGUCCAGAUAGCUUUCCCCACGACUACGAUGAGUUGCUUUCAUACUAUACUCACAAAGGUUACAGGGUGAUUGGUUGUGCUACGAAGCACCUACCCAAACUUAGCUGGGUCAAGGCGCAAAAGAUGAACCGCGCUGACGUUGAAAGUAACCUUGAUUUCAUUGGCUUCGUUAUUUUUGAAAACAAAUUGAAGCCCACAACAACCGGCGUUUUGAAAGAGUUACUCAAAGCCAACAUUGCCUCUGUAAUGGUUACCGGAGACAAUAUCUUAACAGCUAUCAGUGUGGCCCGUGAAUGUGGGCUUCUAGAUCGACAGGCACACUGUUUUGUGCCCCGUUUCAGUCGAGGCGAUGCUCGUGAUCCACUGGCAGAACUGCAGUGGGAGAGUAUUGACAACAGCCAGAUGUGUCUAGAUAACUCCACUUUGCUUCCACGUCCAGCACCACCCGAGGAAGACGUGUCUCUUCCAUAUGAUAUAUCUAACUUACGAAAUUACUCUCUGGCAGUAAGCGGUGAAGCUUUUCGCUGGAUCGUGGAUUAUGCCUCACCCGAAAUUCUGCGACGGAUUCUCGUCCAAGGAAAGGUUUUCGCCCGCAUGUCUCCGGAUGAGAAACACGAGCUUGUGGAGAAAUUGCAGAGCAUUGACUACUGCUGUGGCUUCUGUGGAGACGGAGCGAAUGACUGCGGAGCUCUGAAAGCUGCGGAUGUUGGCAUAUCUCUUUCAGAGGCCGAAGCCUCUGUUGCGGCCCCAUUUACUUCUCGUGUUUUUGAUGUUCGCUGUGUUAUUGAAGUAAUAAGAGAAGGAAGAGCUGCCCUAGUGACAAGCUUCAGCUGUUUCAAGUACAUGAGUUUGUACUCAGCGAUACAGUUCACGUCUGUGAGCUUCCUAUAUGCGAAAGCAUCUAACUUGGGGGACUUUCAGUUUCUCUUUAUUGAUAUGCUACUGAUAUUACCUAUCGCUGUCUUCAUGGGCUGGGCUGGUCCUGCGCCAUUCUUGUGUCGCAAAAGACCAACUGCUGAUCUGAUUUCCCGCAAGGUCUUGACCCCUCUCCUUGGACUUAUGGCGCUCUGCGUAUUUAUCCAAGUGAUUGCCUUACUAACUGUGAGAGAGCAAUCAUGGUAUAAAUCACCCAAAGUUGGUCAUGACGAACCAAACAUAAGAAAUUCAGAGAACACGGCUCUCUUCAUGUCUUCCUGCUUUGAAUACAUAUUUUCUGGGAUUGCGCUCAAUGCCGGGCCACCAUUUAGAGAGAACAAUAUGAACAAUUGGCCAUUCACUAUAACGGUGGCAGUUGCUUUACUUGUCACGGUUUACAUGAUAUUUUGGCCCGCUCAAUGGGUCCAAAACUUAAUGGAGCUCAGUCACAUCGACUUGAACUUCAAACUAUUUCUCAUGUUGCUGGGUGUAGUAUAUUUUAUUCUCGCCUGGACUUGUGAGAAGUACUUCGCCAUUCCUAUAGCAGUGACGGUUGGGCAUGUGAAGCGACGAAUCACGGGUAAGGCUAAGAAGCGCAAGCAGUAUAAAGAGAUACGAGAGAGAAUGUGGGAUUUGUAA